CAGGAGAACCGCAACAAGCGAGGAAAGCAGAGGGGAACCAACUUGUGUUUGAAAACAAAGACUUGAAUGGGAAUCGGAAUGUUUUGUCUCUCUAUAUGAAGAAAAUAUGCGCCUUCCUCAGUGAGAUUCUUCUGAAAUAGGUUGACAGCUAUUAGGCGAACCCCAUUUAAACUGGGGCGUAUUCAUUACGCCGAUUCUGUUGCAAAACUUUUCUUAAAAGUAAGCCAACGGAACGAAACGGGGAGGGACCUACCUGAAUUUCUCCAAUAGAAACUCUGUUUGGACUAAUGAUUACAACCCAGGUAGCAGCAGAAUGGCUGAAAAAUACAGGCAGAGUCGCUAAUUGCACUAUUCAUUUUGACUCAAAGGAGUUAGACAAUACCAUACGGACGGUUUGCAGUCUACCCUCCAUGUCUGCUCCAACGAAUUGUACAUUUACAUAGGCAAUUGAAGGCUUGCAAAUCAAGUAACGUGUAGUGCAUUCAAAUCCUUUGUGGUGGGAUGUCAUCGACUUCUAUUGCGACAUAGUUAGUAACCAUUGUGUUUGCCGAAGGCUGUUGACACUUCAGGGUGUUAUGAUGGGUGAAGUGACGGACGCCAGGGAAAUUAAAAAUACCUUUAUUGUUCCCGCAAUAAAGUCUUCCGGUCACUAUGAUUGUUCUCGAGCAAAAAUCUACUGUAGCCUCACGUGGCUGGUGGCCAAAGCAUUUGGGACAGACAGUGUCCCGGCCGACCUGAAGGAGCCCUUCUACACAGACCAGUAUGAACAGGAGCAUCUGAAGCCUGCAGUAGUCAGCCUACUGCUGUCUGCUGAGCUCUACUGCAGAGCCGGGAGCCUCAUCCUGACAAGUGGAGGUCACGAUGCUGUCACCCAGCCCCUGGUUGGUCACGAUGCUGUCACUCAGCCCCUGGUUGGUCGCGAUGCUGUCACCCAGCCCCUGGUUGGUCACGAUGCUGUCAUCCAGGCCCUGGCCCAGAAGGGACUCCACGUCACAGACCAGACGAGGCUGGUUACUGAGAGAGACCUCCGCAAGAGGCCCCUACAGAUGAGUGCCCACCUGGCGAUGAUGGACACACUGAUGAUGGCGUACACGGUGGAGACGGUGAGCGCGGAGAAGGUGGUGGCGUGCAUCCUUCGGUACUCCUCCCACCACGAUGAAGAUGCAGACACACCGUACGACACCGAGGACGCCGUGACCAGCUGGAUCAACAAGGUAAAUGAGUAUUUGAAGGAUAUCAUUGGUCAGGAGCGGAGGAGAGAAAGGAAGAGAGCUGAGCUUGUUGGCAGGCCAGGGACUCGCUCCAGGAAGGAGCAGCAGACUGUUGCCCAGCAGGUGCCCUGGAUCCCCCCUGUCGAUAACCUGCUGAAGGACACCGUAGACGGCUGCGCCCUGGCCGCUCUGCUGCACUUCUACUGCCCACAGCUAAUCAGACUGGAAGAUAUCUGUCUGAAGGAGUGUAUGUCGCUGGCGGACAGCCUGUACAACCUGCAGCUGGUGCAGGACUUCUGUCAGGAGCAUCUGAACCGUUGUUGCCACUUCAGCCUGGAGGACAUGGUGUACGUCUCCUCGUCCCUCAAAAAUAACUACCUUGUGUUCCUGGCCGAGCUGUUCUGUUGGUUUGAAGAGGUGAAACCCUCCUUUGUACAACCAAGAGUUCUGGAUACUGAAGAGCCAGCCCUCACAUCGUUGCGGAACAUUCCCUCAGUUCCCAUCUCCAAUGUCACCAAGAAGAGCUUCAUGGAGAGACCGCCCAGCCCAGAACCACCCAGUCUGCCUCUCCGGCCUCAACCUAGGAACUCGGGUGAAAUGAAGAGAUCGACCUCAUUGUCCUUUGUGGACGUAGGAACCUGGCCCAAGGAGAAAAGGUCUGGGCCUUACGGGGUAUCCUUCGACAUUCCUUUCGACAAAGAGGACACCCAGACGUCUACUCCCCCUGGCCAUGCCAUGACUCGCUCUACCAGCACAGAGGGCUUCAAGAUCCACCAAAUGCCCCGGGGCAUGAAGAGGAUCCUGUCCUUCCAGCCCAUCAAUGGGCAGGGCGUGGGCAUUGAGGAGGAGGGCUGCCCGGACAGCCUAGCAGGCCCCGAUCUGCCAAGACAGCCUGGUAGACCUCAACCCAAUGGCUCCUCAGCCCUGGAUGGGCAUGGAAAAGGAGCAGCCAUACCCAGCAUGGAGGAGGCCCUGCAGAUCAUCCACAACAUCGGGAGGAAGCCUCCACAAUGCUCCCUGACGGAGGGUAUCAACCAUGGCUUCUUCCUGCACAGUCAAAACCGAGGAAGAGGUGUAGUCGGCCUGCACCCCAAGGCCCAACAGGAGAACAUGGACCUGGACUCACUGAACACCACUAAAACCACAGAGGUGGACACAGACAUCCACUUGAGAACGGAGGACAUCGCCGAGAUGCUGGACGAGGACUCUUCGCUGGGGGAAGCUACGAGCAUAGAGCUGGACAUGGACACACUCAGCCCCUGCCUCAGCAGCUCAAGCUCCGGCAUCAAGAUGACCAGCUUCGCAGAGCAGAAGUUCCGGAAGCUCAGCAAACCCGAAUCAGGGAGAAGAACGAGCAGCAGCAGCAGCGGGGGGGGCAGCUCCCUCAAGACCACCCCCGAGGGCUCAGAACUGGGCCUCCCCCUGUCCGUCUCCUGGGCACCCACCCCAGAGCACAGCCCCGUUCAUCAACAGAGCAUGCCCCUUACCCAAGCCCCUCCCACUGGGCCAGCCCUGGCCCCUCCACCUAGUGACCCGGUUCAGGCCAUGGCAACAGAGAUGGUUCAGCUGCACAUGUGCCUGGAGGAGAAGCGAAAAGCCAUUGAGACGCAGAAGAAGAAGGUGGAGGCAGCGUUUACGCUUCACCGCCAGAGGAUGGACCACUCCACUUUCCUGGACGUGGCCAAGAGGAAGGCUGACUGUGCCUCAGUAGGAGGAGGAGAGGAGGAAAUGGGGAAGAUGACUGCAGAGAAGGAGAGGAAAACUGGGAGGAGCAAAGUGGACACGCCUGACGGGGCCGAGCAGGGGCAGGCGCCCUUCGGGGUCUGCUGGCUGAAAUCCCCAGGAAGAAGCACGGGAGAAGAGGGAGGUCAAGGUCCCAGCGAGGUGGAUCUAGCGAACUACACACGCUCCAUGGAGAAGCUCAACCACUCACUGGGCUUCCUGCAGAUGGAGAUGCAGCGCCUGGCCCAGCAGCAGGAGGUCAUCAUGGCCAUGAGGGAACAACGGCAUCAACAGGCCUGGGUCAUUCCCCCUCCCGAGACCCAGCCCUCACCCCAGAAAUAUGCUCGCGCCUCUGUCCGCUCCUCCGACUCGCCCUCCCCGACAGACUCGCCUCGCUCCGCCCACCGCUCGCCCACCAGCAUCAAGAGGAAGUCGCCCUCCUUCCACUCACGGAACCCCCGCACGCCUCGCCCCAGCGAGCUUAAGCUGGCGCCCUAUAACCGCUGCCUGACAGCGCCCCAGUCCGUGGACAGCCUCCCCCGUCUGCGCCGUUUCUUCCCAUGUCAGGCCUACAUGGGGGGGGACACACCCACCGGUGAAACCCCUGAGAUCGGAGACGGAGACACUGAGCAUGUGCUAUCCCCAGAGAGAGAGGCUGUUAGUGCAUCGUCACCCUCCUCCCCAGCCAAAAACAACCAGAGAACACAACAAGGGACACUAGAGAUUUCCAAGAAGGAUGAUGUGGAGGAGGAGAAGCACAAGUACAAAAUGGAGGAGAUUAAACCCGUAAUAGUGUCGACCAUAUCUGAAGUGCUGGCCCAGCCAGUGAAAGAGUCCUUCACGGUCACCCCCACAGAGACCCCCCUUAUCUCAGACAUGUUUGGCCAGGCCAGAAGCAACCUGAUUGAGGUGCCUCUGUACGUGCUCAAGCCCCUGGAGGGAGAGGGAAUGGAGGAGAGUGAAGGCAUGCAGGGGACCUAUGGCGAUACCGAGAAAAUGUCCUGUGGCUUUUUCUUUAAGGGUGAUGGGAACGGGGAAGACAACAUGGCUCAGAAGAGAGCUGCUCUCCUGGAGAAGAGGCUGAAGAGGGACAAGGAAACGCAGCAGAAGAAGCUGCAGCAGGAGGCGGAGCUAGAGCGGAAGAAGGAGGAGUCACGAGUGAAGGCGGAGGAAGAGCACGCGAGGAAGGAAGAUGAGAAAAGUCGCCGGGAGUUAAUCAAGCAGGAGUACCUGAGGAGGAAGCAGCUCAAGCUCAUGGAGGACAUGGACACGGUGAUGAAGCCGCAGCGGCCGCCCGGCGCCAAGCAUAGGAGAGCCCGGCCCAGGUCCAUCCACCGGGACAGCAUGGACUCCUCCAGAUCCCCGGCCAGGGCAGCAGUGCCCAGCUUGUCUCUGGCCUCUCUCAACCUGGGGGACAACUUGUCUCUGGCCUCUCUCAACCUGGGGGACAGCUUGUCUCUGGCCUCUCUCAACCUGGGGGACAGCGACACUGUGCAAUCUGAGAAGAGAACACCAAGGCCUGAUUCUGCAGAUGGUUUUCUGUCCCCUUGUCGAUCUGGGAGCCGGACUGGGGAGGACGAUUGGGAGAAUGGCUCCACUGCCUCAUCUGUGAAGUCAAACACUGAGUACACCGGGCCCAAACUGUACAAGGAGCCGAGUGCCAAAUCAAACAAGCAUAUAAUCCAGAACGCGCUAGCCCACUGCUGCCUGGCGGGCAAGGUCAACGAAGGUCAGAAGAACAAGAUUGUGGAGGAAAUGGAGAAAUCCGAAGCCAACAACUUCCUGGUGUUGUUCAGGGACGGGGGUUGCCAGUUCCGCUCCCUGUACGUAUACAGCCCCGAAACUGACGAGGCCACCAAGUUGACGGGCAUCGGGCCCAAGAGUAUUAUGAGCAAGAUGAUCGAGGGCCUCUACAAGUACAAUUCGGACAGGAAGCAGUUCAGCCAGAUUCCCGCCAAGACCAUGUCGGCGAGUGUGGAUGCCAUCACGAUCCACGGCCACCUAUGGCAAACCAGGAAACCAGCCACCCCCAAGAAAGCGUUACCUGCCAAGUCCUAAUGGAACUUACCGUAUACUCCCAGCCACCCCCGCCAUUUCUCUUCAAAUUGAACGGUCCACAUUCAAUUUGCACUUCACUGUAAAUUUCCAUGAGGAUUCAGCACCUGCAAUGCCAGUUAGACGAACGCAUACUUCUUUAUUAUCUCUCUCUCUCUCUCUUUCUCUCUUUUUCUCUCUCUUUCUCUCUCUCUCUUUUUCUCUCUCUCUCUUUCUCUCUCUCUCUUCAUUCCUGUCCAUUUUCCUUUUGAAAUUCCAAACUGGACACGGGGACUCAGUUAAAGAAAUGCACAACUGGAAUGUGAAAACACUAUUUAAUAUGUGUAAAUGAAUGUCACUGAUCGGUUUAGUGUAAGAGAUUUGUCUGAUUUCGAGUAAUUUUAUUACAGCACGCGUGUGUGUGUUUUUUUUUUUUUUUUGCCCAAAGAGAGACGAAAAGGAGAAGGGUACCUACAAUGUUUUAUCAGGGACACUAAAGCACUGAAUGUUACUCAUCUGUUGAAAUGGUGUGGCCUUAAGCUUGUUUUCUUUCUUUCUUUCUUUCGUCAGUGCAAUAAGCUGAUUGUAAAACUAUACCUUAGAGGAUUUUUUUCCAUGUUGUCGGGUUCAAAUGCAACAUACGUCUGCAUAAAGCUAUACACAAGAUUGAGGGCAAAAAAAAGUGAAAUACCUUGCAGCAAGCAUACAGCUAGCGUUAUCCUCACAAAUCAUCUAUAAGUCCGAUAUAGUAUUCCACAACUACGCCGAGUCUAUUUCUAUCUGGGUUUUUUUAUAGCUUCUUCCUCCUCUUAUAGUGUUAAACCAGACUGAACUUCCUUAAUGCUGUGGGUUCAGAGCAGGUUUGUGAACCAAAAAUAAACUCAAAUCUAUGUUAUCUCCUUUCAAUUGUCACAAAAAUGGACGCAGAUUUGGUGAAAUAUCAGAUAGGUCUGUCCGUAAUGAUUUGGACCAUUUUUGAAAAUGCGUUUAGAUUUAGUAUUACAAAUUGUGGCCAUAAAUUCAUUAUAUAGAACAUUGUUUUAAAGGAUUUAGAUUUGUGUACUUUGAAAUAUGGAAUGGCUGAUAAACAGUAGUUAUCGUUCAUUUUGUUUCAGUUGAUUAGUAGACCUCCCAAACGUUUUCAGAAUCCUCUCCUUUUAAAACUCUCAAUGUCAAAUGACUUAUCACACCAGGCUACAGUGACAUUAGGAUACUGCUUGACACCAGGCUACGGUGACAUUAGGAUACUGCUUGACACCAGGCUACAGUGACAUUAGGAUACUGCUUGACACCAGGCUACGGUGACAUUAGGAUACUGCUUGACACCAGGCUACAGUGACAUUAGGAUACUGCUUGACACCAGGCUACGGUGACAUUAGGAUACUGCUUGACACCAGGCUACAGUGACAUUAGGAUACUGCUUGACACCAGGCUACGGUGACAUUAGGAUACUGCUUGACACCAGGCUACGGUGACAUUAGGAUACUGCUUGACACCAGGCUACGGUGACCUUCGAAUACUGCUUGACACCAGGCUACGGUGACAUUAGGAUACUGCUUGACACCAGGCUACGGUGACAUUAGGAUACGGCUUAUUUAUUAUUUUGCACAUUCAUCAUGAAUAGAAAAAUCCAAAUAUGUCCUUUUCAUUUUAAGUCAAUUAAAAUUUGUGGUAGAUGCCACACUUCUUCUCUUCGAUAAACAUACUCUGGUAAGGUAAAGUACUUUUGAUAAAGUACUUUUUUAGAGACCUGUGAAGGCAGAAUGUGACAGACUUUUAGUACAUACGGGUAGAGUCUUCAACACGUUCCUUUCCGUCUUUAAAACUACUCGAAAGGAGCCUCCUCGAGCAACAACUUAUGAAGGUUGGGGAUGAAAAUAUCUGACGACAAAUACUAUACGCACACACAUUGGUGUUUGGUUUUCACAGGGAUAUAUUUAAGGAAUUACCAAAAGAGGAGUUGCAUAUGUCUCUGGAAAUGUAACGAUUAUUAUCACGUUUUUAUGAAGUUCCAGGAAUUUUGUAGAAAGGGAUGUUACAGUGGGACCACUGUCACAGUUGUUGUAUUUGACUGUUUAAGGUCAAGAUGAAUGGCUAUUUAAUUGUUUAAAUGGGUAUAAGUGGACAUUGUGCAGGGCUGCCGUAAAUUCAUCUGUCCAUCACUCCUGACAAAGAACUGCUUCCAUGUUGUUUAUCAGACGCUGUGCUGUCAUUCAACCUACUGCUGAACUUUGUAGGUUUGGUUUGUUUUGCAUUGAAUAAAAUGAAGCGUGUCCUCAAA